UUCACACAACCUAAUAAACUGGCAGUUCAACUCGAGCUGCCGGGAACAUCGACGACUGGACAGAACGGAAUCAUACUUUUGGCAUCAGAUUGCGGCUACCAUGCCCGAACUUCUUCUCCAAUCAGCCUUGACGACUUCCAGAUCCCAACAACUCGCUGCCGAAGCGGCCGAGAUCAGAUCCUCUUGCCGCGACCGACAUGGCGACCGCAAGUCCCUGGUCACAUGUCCGCAAUGUUACGAAGCUGUCCUUGACGCCUUCCGAAGCCGCUAUCUUGGCUCCUCUCUGAAUUCUGGCGCCGAGGGGCCCGGCUCGGGUCAGAAACAACAAGCGGCUCGACAAGAAUGGUUCGCCUCCCGGCCCGCCUUUGUCUCGGCUCUCAACCUGCUGGUCGACUCCGCCAAGGAGUACCAGAUCUCGCCGCGCGAGAUUGACGACCGUGUGCGGGAGGAGCGGGCGAGAUGGUAUGCCGAGAGGGUGCGCUCGUUGUUGCUGAGGUUGAUGGUGGAGGACCCUUCUGGGCGCGGGGCCGUGUUUGAGAAGCUCGAGGACCUGUCUUCCGGGGACGCGCUUGCGCUGGCGAGGGAGGUCGCCGACAUCCUGAGCAAGGGGCCAUUUGCGCCCGAGCAAGGGACCGCAGAGGGAGUUGCGGAAAGAUUGUUGGCCGCGUCGGCGAGCAAUAAGACGGCGGACAAGGCUGACGUCUUCCGAGAGGCCUUCUUCGCAGCCGAGGAUGGCACCGUGCCCGGAGAUCACCAAAAGUAUCUCGACCUGUUGCUCCACCAGGGGUUGUCGAUGGAGCAGGUCGUAGAUCGUAUCCUUGAGGAGCGGCAAACGGCAACGGGCGCAAGGGAACAGACGGACAAGCUCAACCAGCGGCUCGAUGAGCUCCGGAGGGCCCGGGCCGCACACGAGGCCCAGAAGACCAGAAAGGCGCAGCGGAGGGAGAGCCUGGCUCAGCAGAAAGUCCCAGACGAGCUGUACGAGCUCCCGGCCUGUGCCGUUUGCGGAGGAGAAACGAGCACGGAGGAGUAUUUCACUUGCAGUAUAUGCACCAUUCUCGCGGGGGCGGGCGUGCAGGAUAAGACGACUGUAUUCUGCUCUGAGAAAUGCGAACAACAGAGUCAUCCCUCCCACGCAGCAACACACACCUGCUCUUCCGGUCUGAGUUGCAUUCGGCUUCGCGAACCACAACAACAGACUCCCAAGAAGGAGACCAACACAUCCCCCAACGGCCAGAAUCAGGACCAGCAACAAGACACGCGCAUGACCGACGCGCCUCCCUUAUCAAACACCACCGGCGACGACGGCAGCGACGACGACGGAAAUAACAACAACAACAACAACAACCACAACGAUGACAACGAUAACAGCAGCAGCAGCAGUGACGCCAACGAGCUCCACUUCUGCACCGAGUGCCUCACGCGUCUAAAGCAGCCCACAACCUGGUGCAGCCUCGCCUGCGCCGAUGCCAGCUUCCCAUCCCACCGCGAGGAAGUGCACCUACCGCUGCGAAAGAAGCUCGGCUUGGGAGAAACGGCCGACGAGGCGCAGCUGGAGCCUAUCGAGCCAGGUGCUGCUGAAGACGAUGGGAGAAGGCGUUAUCGCGUCAAGAACAUCAGGGAGGUCACGACCUCGCUGGGGGAUGCGGUUAAGGAAUGGGAGGGAAGGAAUAAAGUGAGGUUACAGGGUUUGGUUUGAUGGCAAGGGCUGCUUUCUCAAUGGUGGUGGGCCGGUAUGCUUGUACAGUAUUGAUUGUAUGUACGUG